UUCACCAGCUCUUUCAGCUCUAAGUUUUCUCACUGUCCGCCACUUUUCAGUUUGCAGCAGCCACUCAUUUUUUCAGUACUUCCCUCCAACAGAAGAAGUAUUAGACAUGGCUUCUGGUGUGAUUAUAAGCGAUGAGGUGGUUGAACUUUAUAAUGAAAUUAGAGUGCGCCAUCAUGGUUAUGAUGAAAAGGAGCGGUUAAAACUAGUGAUAAUGCGCCUGAGUGAAGACCAAAAGGCCAUUGUCGUGGAUCACAGUUCCACACUGAAGAACAAAGACCUGGAGAAUGAAAAAAACGUCUUCCAAAAGAUUGUCAGCAUGCUACCGGAAAAGGACUGUCGCUAUGCCCUUUAUGACUGCUGUUAUGAGACCAGUGAAACUCAAAAGGAGGACCUGGUCUUCAUCAUGUGGGCUCCAGAUGAUGCACCUGUAAACAAGAAAAUGGUCUAUGCAAGCUCAAAGGGAGGUUUGAAGAACAAAUUGAAGGGACUGAAGUUUGAAUGGCAGGUGAAUGACGAGGCAGACAAGGAAAUGGCAUCUCUUGUGGACAAGCUGGGUGGAAAUUGCAAAAUUAAGUCUUUAGAAGGAAAAUGUAUUUAGAACCACAGAACAAAACACCAAAUACCCCUAAACUUUAAACUGGAUAAUCUUCAUAGAUAAAAUUAGUUGGACAAUAGAAAUGUUUUUUUUUUUUAAUAUACAUUGCCUGACCAAAAAAAAAAGUCACCACUUGGAUUUAAUUAAGCAGAUAGUUAAGCACCAAUGUUUGGAUAAUAUUUGUAGUGAUUAAUAUGUUUCAGCUGGCAAGAAUUAUUUUAAUGCUACCGUAACUAAUACAGUGAGUAGCUUCUCAUUUCUUAAACAACCAUGUCAGAAGACGUAUUCUGUGGUCAUGGAAAAAAUGGUACUGUGUUUCAGAAGGGUCAAAUUAUUGGCCUGCAUCAAGCAAAGAUGGAGGGAAAAUUGAAGGAGAUUUCUGAAAUGACUGGAAUUGGGUUAAGAACUGUCCAACACAUUAUUAAAACCUGAAAAGAUAGUGGUGAACUGUCAAUUCCAUGGAAGAAAUGUGGUCAGAAAAAAAAUUUGAUUGACUGUGAUUGGAGAUCACUUAAAUGCUUGAAGUCGAAUACUAUAAUAACUGACCGUCUCUGUUUAAUAGUGAAAAUAAAAGCAUUUCCACAUGCACAAUGUGAUGAGAAUUUGCAGGAUUGCGAGUAAACAGCCUAUGUGACCAUAAGAAAACCACUUGUUAGUGAGACUAAUUGGAUGAAAAGGGUUCAAUUUCCUAGGAAGCAUAAAGAUUGGACUCCAGGGCAAUGGAAAAAGGUCUUGUGUGCUGAUGAGUCCAAAUUCACCCUAUUCCAGAGUGAUGGAUGUGUCAGGGUAAGAAGGGAAGUGCAUGAAGUAAUGCACCCAUCAUGCAUAGUGGCCACUGUACAAGCCUCUGGAGGCAGUGUUAUGAUCUGUGGUUGCUUCAGUUAGUCAGGUCAAGGCUUGGCAAGGUUAUUAGGCAAUAAAAUGAAAUCAGCUGACUACCUGAAUAUACAGAAUGACCAGGUUAUCCCAUUAAUGGACCCCCCGAUGGUAUGAGCAUAAAAUUAGGGCUCAAAAUUUGAAAGUCUUUGGGAUGUGUUGGAGAAGACUUUACAGAGUGGGUCAACCCACCCAUCAUGAAGAAAAGAUCUUGGUGAAAAAUUAAUUCAACUCUGCAUGGAAAUAAAUGUUACAUCAGGUUAUUGAAACAAUGCCAUGGUAAAUGCAACUUUUUUUUUUUGGCUGGGCAGUGUAAAAAGUGUUAUGUUUUUAUAAAGAUUAUUUCAUUUUUGAUAAGUGGACAUAAGUCAGAAUACCUUCCUGCUUCUUUGUAUAGAGAGGAAAAAACCCUUCAAAAAUAACUGAGUUUAUCCUUUUAAACUAUAAAUUGAAAUCUUACAGUUUUGCUUUUGAACACUGUACAGCAAACAAUUAAAGAUUUUAAAAUAAA